AUGAUUAAUGUGGAAGGAGCAAAGGUAACGUAAUCAAAACCAUCGAACCAUAAAUGUUAUCGACCGAAAAUCGCAAUCUAAGUAUCAGUAAUUAUUCUGUGUGAAAAUGAAUAAGAUUUUAUAAUACACUUGACUUAUUUUAGUAUUGUUUAAAACCAUCAAAUAAUUCGCGUUACCUCAAGUAUUUCCCACAUGCAUGACUAAUGUGUGGUCCACACUGUCACUGUUGUCAGUAGACUGGAAUCAUCUGAUUCACGUAAACAGAGGAAAUAAAACGAGAAAAGUGUGGUUUUUCUUAAGAAUCUUGAAUGAAAAUUUUUAAAUUUGUGUGUUUUCGUAAACAGAUGUUUAUUAAGUAUGAAACAUAUUGUUGGAAAAGUUGUUUUGCUGGGACAUCAAGGUGUUGGUAAAACCGCAACUGUGACGAGAUAUGUCGAAAAAUCUUUUAGUCAACAAACAGCUCCCACAGUGGGAGCAUCAUUUUUUACUUGUAAAGUGAAUACUGAAGACCAUUUAGUAACGCUGCAGAUAUGGGACACUGCAGGUCAAGAGCGUUUCAAAGCAAUGGCGCCCAUGUUCUAUCGGAAUGCAAAUGCUGCUUUAUUAGUAUUUGAUAUAACAUCACAACCAUCUUUUGAAAGCAUAAAAAUGUGGGUACAAGAGCUGAAAGGAAACGUUUAUGAACAAAUGGUGCUGUGUGUAGUAGGCAAUAAAAUUGAUUUAAACGACCAAAGACAAGUAACACGCGAAGAGGCAUUAGCUUAUGCAAACAGUAUAAAUGCAAUAUAUUUAGAAUCGUCAGCGAAGACUGAUUAUGGCAUUGGUAUGGUUUUUGAAAAAAUUGCUCAAGGACUGUUGAGGUUACAAGGUCUCAAUUCAACGCUUAAAGUAUUUGAAGAUGAUAUGAUGGCGAAAUCGAGUGAAUUAGAACCAACCGACACAGCAAAAGAAGAAACUGUAAAUAUUAGUAUAAAAAAUAUUGCUCAUGGUGAUAGUGUUAACCGUAACGGUUGUUGUUGAGGAUAUUGUUAUUAAUGUAUGAAAUUAAAAAAAAAAGAUAACUAGACAUGCAUACAAUUCACAAUUACUGAUAUGAAAUUUGGUUUGUCGAAAUUGUUGAUUUUUUUAAAAAACAAUUUGAAAAUCAUUUCAAUCAGUAUAAUAAAUAUUCAAAGUCACUCAUUCAUGUGAAUAUAAUUUGAAAAAAAUUCAUCGUGGUCAUAAAAAAUUCUAUCAAAAAAGUACAUUAUCCUGGAAUUUUAUAUCUGUAGUAUAUAUUCACUUUUUCUCUCCAAAAGUUGACCCUUCCUAUAUACAAAGUGUUUAUAAAUUCUGAGAGACUCACUUACAAUAUAAUUUCUUUGCGAGAUUAGUAAAAUUAAGUUGCAAUGUUUUUAUUUUCAAAUUUGAGUGAAUUAAAAUAUUCUAAUUUCGCAAAGGACUCACCCGCUGAUAUUUUUCAAAAAUCUUGUUACAUUACAAGGGGGUGAAAUUAGCAUCUUUUAUAACAUACAAAUUUUUUUUUGUAAAAUGAAAAUCUAAUUGAAAAUAUUUUGUUGAAAACACUUCUUGAUAUAAAAUUUUUUUUCCGUAACAAUUUGGCAUUUAAUGAUUGUUAAGAAGGCAAAUAACAUUUUAUAUUUCAUAAGUCAGAAGAAAGAUUUAUCAAAUUCCAUAUGGACAAUCACCUCCUAAAUCUUUCAACAUAAAUUUAGAAAAGCACUGUAUAUAUGGUUGACAUUACAAGUGUAGAAAUCUUGAAGUCCAGUUGGAUAUUGACUGUAACCUCGUCAAAUCUUGUCAAUUAUAAGUCACAAAGUCUUGUCAGUUUUUUUGUGUUUUUUUGCUUUUGGUUAAAAAAUACUGUUCCGUAUCAUUAGGGCUUGUGAUCUGCCUGGUAUCUCUUCUAUCUCUUUCCUCUACUAGACCUACUUCAGGCAUAACUUCGCGGAGGGAGGAUCUAGCUAUACAGUUCUUCCAUCAGUUGCUUCUUCAGUUAUGAUUUUGCUCCUUCCCCCUUUACAUUUCUUCAAAGGGAUACUUCCUCACACCUCAGCGGCGAAGGUGCUCGUUGAUGUCCAGACAGUUUGCGUUGAUAACAUAGCCUUCAACAUAUUUUCAGGCGUCCCUACUACUUCGGCUACUGCGGCUUAUCAGGUGGUUUCUUCCUGCACGGGUUGGGCACUCCGGAGAAUCCUCAUGUUUGUGUCCAGAGAGCAUCUGGAUAAAACUUGCCAACGACCUAUGCUGUCCGUUCAUCUCUCCUCAACUCUUCGCCCAGCGUGGUAGAUAAACAUACUGCGUGCUCGGAUACUUUGCUGGCAACUCUCAGGACACUCAACCGAAAACUGAAGUGACCCUCCUUACUGGUUCCUGCGUUUGUUAUGUGCUCUUCUUCUCUAUUUUGGAUCUCCUAAGUUCGGCAUAAGACGAGAUAAGAUGUCCCUUACUGCAGAGGCUUUUCCGCUCAAGAUGUUUACUUGGGCCUUGAAAUUUAGUUUGGCAUCAAUUAUAGCUCAUUUUAUUGGAUAAAAGGUUGGGAUGUGAUCUCCUGCUCCCCGACAUGCAAUUCCAUUCCUGCUGAUAAUAAAUAUAGCAUCUGUUUUGUGCUCUUCCGCUAGUUUCAGGUCGACUGUGUGAAUCCACAUUUUCAAGGACUGUGGUGCUUUGCUACAAUUAUUAUGGUCAUAUCGUCCGCAUAAGCUACGAGGCUCGCCUUCCCCGGUAGUAUCAGCUUUAGUGGCCCAUCAUACAGGAUGUUCCACAAGGGAGAACCUAGAACUGAGUCUUGAGAUACCCCUCCAAUGACUUUGUACUCCUUGAGAAAAGUCUUAUUAGUACCUCUAGAUAUCUGAUGAGGAAUGUAGGUGAUAAGAAAAGGUUUCACUUCGUGAAAUAGAAGAACUUCGCCGAAACAUAAAUUGGUCCUUAAAUAAAUAAAAGUAUAAUUUUGUAAAAAUCAAAAACAAUGAUAUUGGAAAAAAGAAAACCAAUUUGAUUAUCUUAAUUUUUUAUCCCUUUUCUUAAACAUUGAAUUUUCUCGGUUUUAGGUUUAAACGAGCGUAUUUUCUUUUUCAUUAAAAUCUCACUCAAGGGAAAGAGUAUUUCUAUUUCAUUCCAUUUUUAAAACCGUCCAAUAUGGCACACUUCUCAAUUAUGGGUAAAGUUUUGUGUGUGUUUUGUUUUGGCGGUGGAACUAUUGUUAUAACCUCCAAAAACACGUGGCUCUCGAGUAACGUCUACAUGCAAGUACAUUUCAUAAAUAGGGAUAAAAUAUAAGAUGAGCACUCAUUCAGUAAGAUUAGCCAGUGUACUGAAUAUUGAGGCUCUACUUUAUUAUUUGGGAUGGCUGUAGCUGCCAGAUCUUCGUCUUCUAUUUCAUACGCUCCUAGGUGUAGUGCUCUGGAGUUCCGUAGUGUUUUACACUUCAAGAGAAUGUGGAUAGAGGCUUCUGUCUCUGCGCAACAGAAUCUGCCCGUUACAUUAUCUGCUAAGUCUAACGUCUUCAGAUGUCCAUUGAGGCGACAAUGCCCCGAUAGGACUCUUGUAGUAUUCAUAGGUUGUUCUUACUUAUGCUGAUACUUCUGAUCUGAUCUUUCUUGUCUGGUUAAAGGUACCCAGGAGAGUCUUGGUCUGUCUCAACUUCUGUAGAUUGUCCCAGUAACUGGUUGGCUCCUAUCUACCUUCUUUUCCAAUGGUUCUAUUGUUCUGUAGCUGAUUCUACAGAAGGGUUCAGGUCCAAUGAAGAGUCUGAUGUCUGUCCCUACUUUAUCGAGUCUGUGAGCUAUUUCAUUUACCUCCACUUUGGUGUGACCCGGAAUCUAUUGGUAAUCCUAAACGAGUUUCGAUUUUAUGAUAUUGGAGCUUAGAGCUCAGGAUUUCGGGGUUCUAGACCCGUACACUCCUAUUCCAGGUCUGUACCAUUUAAUAGCAUUUCUGCUUAUUUUUCGUAUGGUGUUUUGAUCUCACUUACUGCUACAGCUUAGUAUUGAGGUCAUUUUUUCUCAAAGCUGAACAUUUUUGGUUUUCCAUCCUAAGGCAUAAUUCAGAUUUUGUUUGGUGUUUUUUCCUCCACGUUUUCCAACCCUAUAUGGGGAGGUGUGGGAUUUAGUGUACCUUUUGGGCAUGACGUCAUGACUUGGCUGCACAUAUGGAAGCCAGUCUUUGUACCUUCGAGAGAUUGUUCCUCGUGGUAUUUAAACUAGUUCUAGUAGUGAUCCUUGUAAAUCAUCAUCAUUGCUUCAUAUCAUAUCCUUUUUUCCUGGUAAUUAAGACUAUAAGCUAGAUAUUAUAUUCCUAUUUUUAUAUUUAUAUGUUAGAAUGUUACUAAAUGACAAUAUCCACAGCAUCUAUAUUAGUUAAUGAUAUAAUUUGUAUAAAAAAGAUCUCAUGCCAUUGUUAUGGUCUAAAUUUAUACCAUGAAAUUUUUAAUAUUAUUUGUAAGUUAAAAAUUACUAUUGAUCUAUUAAAUGAGUCACAUUAUCUAUUUUACUAAAUUUUUUUGCCUGAUACAAUGAAAAUAAGACAGUAUUUCUAUUUUAACUUUUUAUUUUAAUUUUAUUGGAAAUAGUAGACAAUAACAAUAAUUUUAUAAAGUAUUGUCGUAGAAUUUAAUGUAUAAGUUUAAAUUGUAAUUACAGAUUAAAUUCAUUUUAAUCAAUCAAAUUGUGAACUGUACUUAAGGUGCUUUUUUAAUAUUUUUAUAAGAAUACUUAAAAGAAAACAUAUAUCGGUAUAUGUUUUCUUGCAUUAUGAAUUAAAUGUAUCAUAUAACUAAUAAAUUAUUAAUUUCUUAUUUCUUAAA